GAUUUCUUGCCGUUCCGGGUUGAGAAUUGCUGCACCUCCCCUGAGCCUAAUAUUCAACAGCAUGGCGACGGGCAGCACCCCUCCUCCAGACCAUGAGCCGGUACGAUCGAGACGGCGGCGGACAAAAGUGGGGAGGAAUGCAGACGGGCGUCCAUGGCCAUUUUGAAGAGGACUCGUUGCCUGCGCUGCGUGGUCGUCUUCGACCUGGGCCAAACGCCGCCUGCCAGUGUCUGACAGCGGCCGCUGUCGGAAUUGGGCAAAACAGUGGCUGCCUGUUCUCUCGCCCCCAUGGUUUCUGCUGUGGGCGGGCCAGCGCAUGAGGAUCGAAUGUGGAGGAUCAGGAGGAUGAUCGGUGAUCUUCGGCGUGAGGACAAGGGGUCCUGAGUCGUGUCGCUAUUUUCGGACCUCCAGGGCCCUUGCAUGCCCAAGGCCAGGGCCGUCAGAGAAAGCGAUCCGGCGUCUGGGGAGGAGCCCGGCGUGAGUCUGGGGACCAGUCUCUCCUCGCCCUUGCGCCUGCCCUUCAAAUGUCCAUUCUUCAGCUUUCCCCACUGUGCCCCUUCUACCUCGCCCCUUCGAGCAGCGACGUAGCGUCCAGAUGUGCGCACCGUCCCUCCAGAUAAUCGGGGUGAUGCGACAGGUCGAGGCACCUCGGGGGCGCCAGGUAUGGUCUCGGGCGUUCCACCCCAACCAGUCUGUCUGCGUCGAACUCGGGAUUUGAGGGCUACCUCGCGCGUACAUUGUGUGUGAACCUGUGCUCCCGUCGCCCCCCUUGCGCCUGCCAGGGACGUCCAAGCGUGGUCUCUAUGUGACGACGUUCACGGUGUUGCAGGGUGGAGCCGUCUGGGGAUCUGAGGUGGCCCAGGCCCUGGGACAGACUUUGAGCGGAGUUGGCACGGUGUGUUCGAGAAGGCAGGCUAAAAGACCUGGGUUGAUUUGCAGAAGCUUCCUCGAGCCACCCUGCUGCAGAAGACUGCCGGCAGCAUCGACGGCAGGUGCUCGAAGGCAGCGCUGGCUUGGACGCCAGCCGGGCGCAGGGCGCCGGGUCGUCAGUCUGGCAGUCUGGCCCAAGCGGGGCAACACGAGACAGUCGGCUCUCUGCGACGGAUCUCUCAAGUCUGGUUUCAGUGUAUACCAUAUUUUGAUAUCAGUUAUUGGUCCUGACGUCGAGGAAAAAAGUUGAGAACUGGGGCUGUGAGAGAGUCAGACAGUCAGCCUGCAGGCUGCCCGUGCAGAGCCCGCGUCGGCGCACGCCGACCUCCCGGUCCCUCUCCCCGCACUGAGUUAGGCCCAGUGUGCGGCGGAGCGGCCGGCGACCAGCGCGGGCCUUCACACAUCCAGCUUCGCGAAAAGACUGGAUUCCCCAACGAGGAUUCGGCAGUGGCAUCGAGAACUUGCAGGGCAUAUCCCAGUGGUCAUCCGCUGUGAGUGCGCGGCUUGCGUUGUGGAGCGCACGUUCGAGUUCCUUCCAGAGGAGGGACUCUGGGGGCACCUUCUCCUGGGAGCACCUGCGGCACCUCUCGAAGACAUGUUGACAACUGUUUGCGUAUUCAACAUGUGGUUACACCGUGUGUCGCCGAGGCACGACCUGUAAGAUAUCGGCUCGAUGUUCAAGCGAAAUUGUUUGCAAGAUUUCUGUAUCCUUUCCAGCCAUCGAAUCAUUUCGUUGCGGGCUUAUGCGGGUACCAGCACGGUCGGUUCUUGUUCAACCCGGGGUUCCCCGUCGUCAUCGCCUUCCUCGCCCCUCCUCGCUCCCUCUUCGAGAAGGGCCGCGUUCCUGAACCCGAGUCUCGGCCCGAUCAGAGCACGCCGUCUGCUGAACGUCCUCCUGACGGGCGGCCUUCUUGGCUUCUCGCUCGGGUGGCACUUCGGUUGGAACAUCACCAUGGGCAACGUCCUGGGGCUGAGCACCAGUGGCAUCCCGAUCUCAGCCACCUUCGUGUCGGUGGCGCCCCACCCGGAGAAGCAGCACCUGCAUGGGGGCGUGUUCGGUCCCGAGGACGGCGGGGUGGUGUCCCCCGCCGCCUACCUCCUGGGCGUGCUCCUGCUGGCGCUCCUCUACGGCUGGCCCCGCGGGGACCUCGCCGCGCUGCCCGGGUAGGCCGCGGGAGCGCCGCGCGGGCGCCGCGGCGCGCCGCCCGCUCGCCCGAGCGGGGGGAAGACCGUGUCAAACAUCGAGUCGUCGUGCUCCUCCCCCUCCUCCUCCUCCCCCUCCUCCUCUGCCGCCCGUGCCGUCCCCUCCCUCCGAGGCCGCCCUUCUCCCUCCGCAGCCUGCCCGGGUGCCAAUUCGUGUGUUUUGCUCGCAUCCCGACCCAACCUUCCUGACUUGAGCGCUCGCCUAGCCCGCGACACGG